CAUCUUAUGAAGUUCUCUCUUGCCCUCGUUUCUACUUGUUUAUUAGUAGCCAUUGAAGCUGCCUCUGUUAAAUUUAAUGUCAUUGCACCCAAUGCUACUGAUGUUAAAGUAUCUGUCAAUGGCCAACAAGUAGCUCUUACUGCCUCUAUUCCCAACGUUCCUUAUUACACUGGUAAUGCCGAAGUGGGUUCUGCUAAGGAAUAUAAGUAUGUUUUUGGCGGUGUUGAAGAAUCUUUCUCCCGCGCCCUUGAUAGUUCUAAAUCAUCUACAUUAAAUGACUUUGCCAAUCGCCCUGUCACUUAUGCCAAUAUCCCUCAAUUGCCUUGGCCCAUUGAAAAAGAGCCUCAAUGGACUCGUAAAGGUGCCAAAGAACCUAUUUUCGAUGAAAACUAUAUCCCUACUGUCUUCUUCACAGGUGAUGCUUCUGCUGUAGACAAUCUCGUCAAGAAUGUACCUAAGGACAAAGUCACUGGUGCACUGACCUUCAUUGGUUCAGACUAUGUCAAUACAUUCAACAACGUCAGUUUUGGUAUCCAUGGUGCCGGUAAAAAGAACAACAAUGCCAAGCAAUCCUGGAACUGGAAGCUUUCUCCUGGUGAUGUGCUUGCGGAUCGUACUUUCUUUAAGCUCCGUCAUAUGGAAGAAGAUCCUACUCAGAUUCGUGAACGUCUCUAUGCCGAUAUCUGUCAUGCCUUAGGUACUUAUGCCAACGAAGCCAAUAUGGUCAGACUGUUUAUCAACGGUGAUGGUUUUGGUACAUUCAACAUGUUGGAUGAUAUCACUGAUUUCUCCUACAUUAAUGCACAAUUCUAUGAUGGUAAGGCCCCUGCUACUCAAGGUCUCUUGUACGAUGGUAUGUCGGGUGCUGAUUUCCUUUACCACCCUGAAAGCACAGAUGGCUACUCUUCUUGGGCCCCUAAUCCUGCCAAUGCUCAAGGUUAUGAAGCCUUGGAUCCUUUAUGUAAGGCCUUUAAUGAAACCAAUGUCCAAGACAACGCUGCCCUUGCUACUUUUGAAAAGAUGUUUGAUACAGAACGUUUCUUGCGUUUCAUGGUGAUUGAAUACCUGAAUGCUCACUGGGAUGGUUACUGGAUGGGCCAGACCAACGAUGGUGCCUAUAAAGAUGUUGAAAACAACUACUGGUACUUCCUCGACCAAGAUUUCGAUGGUACCUUUGGUGUCAAUUUGGCUGAACCUGAAGGCAAUGGCUUUAUCUCUGUCUCCUACAAGGACUGGCCAGCUCGUUAUCCCGGUGGUAUUAUGGCCAACCGUCUCUUACAGAACAAUGACAAAAAGGCCAUGUUUGAGAAAUACUUGACUGAGACUGUCCGUGUGUUGUAUAACAAUGUCACUUUAACUAACCGUGUCUUGGCUCUUCAUGAAUUCCUUUUGCCUGAUCUUGAAUGGGAUCGCUCCAUUGUUCAAAAAUCACCCGGCAUCAACUUUGGUUGGACCAUGAAUGAAGUCAAUCAAAACUUAUGGCAAGCUGUGUCUGCUCCCAAUGCUAAUGGUGGCGGUGCCUCUUUUGGUUUAGUCCAAUGGAUUGCUGAAAGAUCUGCUGCUAUUGCUAAAGAAUUUAAUGUUUCUAUUGUCACUACUCCUCAAGGCCCUCCUUCCAAUACUACUACUACUACUAAUCAAGGCAAUACCACUACGGUUACACCAGGUGGUAACAGCAAUAAAUCUUCUGCUUCUGGUAACGCCAGUAGUUCUGCUCAAAGUACUGAAAGUACAAGUGCUGCUCCUCGUGUUGUUCCUGCUUCUAUUGCUCUUGUUGCUUUAUCCGCUCUGGUUGCUCUUGCUUAAUUCCCUUUUCGUAUUUCUUUGUUACCCACUUAAAAAAAAGAUACUAAUCCAUUCUUAUAAUGUAAUAAUAAACUAUACACAUACUUUAUUGAGUACAGAA